GAUGUGUUAACUGUUGUGCAAGGAUGACAAAAAACCUUUCGUGUGAGCUUACUAAGCUGUUUAGUGAGUUUAAUAAAAACUGUAAAUAUCUAAAACGAUUAUUUAAGGAAACCAAGUAUUCUCAAGACGAAAUAGAAAAAAGUGGUUAUUUUGAUAACUGCCAGUUAUUCAAGAUAAAGAUCCCAAGUAAAGAUGAGGAUAUUCUACAGAAUAUCACUGACCAAUGUCUUGGGAUCAUCAUCCUUGGACAGAAUUGUUGGGCCAAAGCAUCUGUAGUUAAUGAACUCUUUGGGCAGUCCUUGCUGCCUACAUUACCUCCUAACCAUGAUACUGAAGAAGAAUAUUGUAGUUGGAGAAUGGUUCGGCUCUCUUAUGGUGGCCAGACAAAGAUCAGUCUGGCUUUAAGUAAUAGCUACGAACUUGUAGAAAAUCUAGUUGAACAACCAUGGCACACUGUUCCUAGAGCAAACUUAGAAGUAAGGAAGGACCAUAAAGAAGAUCCAGAAUUAAACACAGCUGUGUUAGAAAUUCGUCUGAAUCACCAUCUUUUACGGAAUGAUGUGCAAGUUUUAGUUUCUCCAUCUAAUCACAACAGUGAAUUUAGCCAGAUGUAUAACCGGUGUAUUGACGGAUUAACGCCGAUUGUGAUAUACUGUAUCAAAGAUAAUUCGUUAACAGAAAAGGAACAAGAUGAUCUAAUGGCUCUCAAAAACAUUGCUCCAAAUCAACAAGUAUUUUUUGUGUGCUCCCGACCUCUGCCUACUUGUGAAUUAACAGAAUCAGAACAGCAUGACCGUGGUACUGUAGUCUCUUGUUAUUCACAUCCCCUCCAACUACUUUCUUAUCAAGAGUUCUCCCAUAUUGAGCAUUAUCAAAAACCCCACAAUCAAAGAGAACCUGAAUCUCAAAUUUCAAACACAAAAUUCUCAAUAUAUCAACAGCUCUAUGGACUAGGAUUUAGUGUUUUAUGCCAAACUAACCAGAAAAAAAGUAUUCAAAGGCAGAGGAGUGAGCCAUAUGAAGUGGAUAGUGAAUUGUCUGAAAGUUUCGAGAAAUUCCCAAGCAUCCUAUUGUUUGUCCAGUGUGUUUUACAAUCAUUUCUUGUCAAAGCUUGUACUCUUUUAAAUGAGGCCCAGAACCGAUGUCUUCGGAUGUUUAUUCUCACAGCAUUUGACAUGACCAGAGAUAUGGUAAUAACCCCCAAACGUCUAGAAUACAUCUGUCAGAGAGAAACAGAGCUUUACUCAUCCCUGAUGACAAUAGUAAAUAAAAAGCAGGAAGAAAUACGUCAGCUUAUUGUUUCUACAAUUACAGGGAUGAAGAAUGAUUUGUCAGAGGAAGCUGCCAAUUAUCAAUUUCAAGGGUUGAAUCUGCCUGAAAAAGGAGAGCUAUUGUCUCUGCAAGACCUUCAAAUCUGCACAAUACAGAUUCAGAAUCUUGUCCUGAGUAGACUGAGCAAUGAAAUUGCUGGGAAACUGAUUGGUUCUGUUGAUUGUCUGCGAGAGAGUUUUGUAGGCACCUUAGUCCGAUGUUUGUCUAACUUGGAGGAGGCAUUUUCUGAAAUUGAAGGAUCAGUUGCAGCAAGUAGUGCACUGAAGCAAAUUUUGAAUGCUGCAUAUCAGGUUGAUUUGACAGUUAAAACAAGUGCUUCUGUUCUUACAAUUUUUCUUCAGAAAAUUAAGCAGUUACUUCAGAAUCUAUUCUGGAAACUCCCACUAAGAAUAGAUGAAGCUUGGAAGAGAAAAGUAGCAGUAGACAUGUUAGCUAGCCUCAAUGAAUCUCGCCUAGCAAGUUCCAUCUGUACUCAGAUUCAAGAUCAACUAAAAGCCUCUCAUGAGCAGUUUGCAACAUCCGUCCAACGACUAGAAUCUAUGCAUUCGGCCCGGCUUAAAUACACCAAAGAGCAAAGGCUAAAGGUUAGAAAAAUGUAUGCUCCAAAAAUUGCAAGAUGUGCCCUAGAAUCUACUUCACUGAGAGAUGUGGUGCUUUUUGGUAUGCCCAAGCUUGGGAGAGAGAUUGGACGAGGACAGUUUGGGGUUGUGUAUUCUUGUGAAUCCUGGGCUGGGUUCACUCCGUGUGCCGUAAAGUCUGUGGUGCCUCCUGAUGAUAAGCAUUGGAAUGAUUUAUCUAUGGAAUUCUUCUACACAAGAAGUAUAGCAGAACAUGAGCGUGUUGUUCAAAUCCAAGGUUCUGUGAUUGACCAUUCUUAUGGAGGUGGAAAUACUCCGGCUGUUCUACUUAUUAUGGAAAGGCUACAACGAGAUCUCCACUCUGCUAUUAAAGCUGGGCUGGACUUUAAUACGCGACUUAAGAUUGCACUGGAUGUCAUACAGGGUAUUAGAUUUCUUCAUAGUCAGGGUCUUGUUCACCGGGACAUUAAACUGAAAAAUGUAUUGCUUGACAAGAAAAAUAGAGCAAAGAUUACAGAUCUGGGGUUUUGCAAGCCUGAAGCUAUGAUGUCUGGUAGUAUAGUUGGCACUCCAAUCCACAUGGCUCCAGAACUGUUUAGUGGUCAUUAUGACAACAGUGUUGAUGUGUAUGCUUUUGGAAUACUCUUUUGGUAUCUGUGUGCAGGUCAUGUGCAACUUCCUUAUGCAUACGAGCAGUGUCAGACUAAAGAUCAGCUUUGGAACUGUGUUAGAAAAGGUUAG